AUGCACCAUCCGUACGUGCGUUUGGCGAUUUUACUGAGUCUCUCGCCAGCCGCGCAACGCGAUAUCGGAGUGCUCGUCAAAAUGCUUCCCGAAGUGAUGAAUAUUUUGCUGAUUUUGGGAGUCUUUAUGGUGUUUUACGCGUGGUUCGGCACGGUCAUGUUCGUGGGCACAGAAGAAGGGUCGAUGCACUUCAGCAGUUUGAUUGAGUCCAUGUGGACUCUGUGGAUCUGCGUCACGACGGCCAACUAUCCGGACGUGAUGAUGCCCGAGUAUAAUCAAAACCGCUGGGUUACGUUGUACUUUAUCUCCUUUAUGAUCCUUUCCUUUUUCUUUCUCAUGAACCUGGUGCUGGCGGCAGUUUUCAAUGAAUACCAGUUGGCCUUUCAGACGCGCAAGCAAGAUAGAACCAAAGCUUCGGACGAAAACUUGCGCAAGGCGUACGCCUUGAUGGACUCUGAGGGAAUGGGUCGGAUUGAUCAAGAAACCGUCAUGGCUCUCUUUUGCAUUCUCAAUGAAGAUUUCCCGGAAUUCCGCACGCUAUCUGAUGAAGAUACAAAGCUCUUGUUUGCUAUUCUUGACAAGGACGGAUCUUCGACGAUAACAGAAGAGGAAUUCAUGGAUUUCGGUAGUGUCCUGUUACUGGAAUUUGUCAAAACAAGCGCGUAUUCAACAUUUGUUGAACUACGACUCCCCAAAAUUUUCCAUUCCAGCCUGUACCAGACCUUUUGUACGGUCGUCAAGUCCAAUCUGUUUGAGUACUCCAUUGAUGCUAUUUUAGUCAUGAACGCUGUGGUGAUUGGCAUCCAAUCAUAUCCAGAGUUGUCGGGACAAGCGGUCCAAAUCGAUCCCAAGUACUGGGACGGAUCCAUCGAUACCAUUUGGGAAGGAGUCGAAUCUGUUUUUACAGUCAUAUAUGCGUUGGAAGUGGUGGUCAAAGUCUUGGUUCUGGGAUGGCGAGCGUAUACGGAAAGUUACAAAAAUGUGUUCGAUUUCACGAUUACAAUCCUUGCCGUGAUCAGCUCGAGUAUUGUCUAUUAUCCCAACGAGUUCAGUGACAGUCGCUUGAUUCGAAUGAUUGUCAUGGCUCGCGUAUUACGGCUGAUUCGUUUGUUGACUGCCAUGAAACGAUUCCAGUUGAUUGGUAUCAUCUCAGUGGAGAUUCUUCCCGCCGCGUCUAGUGCUCUUAUGGUCCUGUUUUGUAUCAUGUACUUUUUCUCCGCAUUGGGAAUGCAUCUGUAUGGCGGUCUCAUUACCCGUGAUCCCGCGAAUUCGUUAGCUUAUUUGCUUUUGGGUACCGACUUUUCUGAAAACGACUACUGGGCGAACAACUUCAACGAUAUGAUCAGCGGGAUGAACGUGUUAUUCAAUAUGCUGGUUGUAAAUAACUGGACGGAGUGCGAAGUCGGCUUCGAGGCGACAACGCAGGAAAAGUGGGUCAGAUUCUUCUUUCUCUCUUUCCACGUGUGCGGUGUCAUCCUCGUUAACAAUUUGGUCAUUGCCUUUAUCAUCAACGCAUUCUUCGAAGAGUUGGCUAUAUAUCGUGAGCGCACGGACGAAGAAAUUGUCGGUGACGGCGAAGCCGUAAUACGCAACCGACGC